UUGUCGUCCCCCGCUCUUUCUUCUCCUCUCCCUCUUUCCCUCCUGCCUUCCCUCUCGUCGCCAACAAUUUCUCCUAUUAUGAUCUCCUGCUCCUCCUCUUCUUCCCAUCUUCCCACCGGAUCUUUGGGCCACCGGCCAUGGCGGCCCUGGAUCUGAGGGCCGCCGCCCGCCGCCCGCGCCGCGGCCGGACCAUGUCCCACUGGCGGAGGAGCAUCACCGCCGUCGCCCUCCUCUCCUCUGCCGUCACGGCCCUCCUCGCCUUCACCAUGCCCUACCCCCUCGCCCUCGGCCUCAUCUUCCCCCUCGGCCCUCUCUCCUCUGCCGGCACCUCCUUUGACGAGUAUGAGCCCCUUCCCCCUUCUCCCUCUCUCGUUCGCGUCAAACCAAACGAACCCGCCGUUUCCACCUCGAAUUCUGUCUCUUCUUCUUCGUUAUUUGCACCGCCUCAAGUGCUUCGGAACCGUAUCGAACCGCCCCCAGUGGUCCGGAAACGCUCAAAGCGGCGAAGAUCCAAGCGUCGGGAACCGCCUCCAGUGGUCCGGAAUGUAGACUUACCCGCACGAAAAUCCAACCCUAGCGACGUAAAGGUCCCAUCUCUGCGUCGGGAGCCGGCUUAUUGGAGAAUGGCGCCGGAGGAGGCACUUCGGCUCGCCAAGAGAGAGAUUCAAAAUCCGCCGGUAGUUUUGGAUGAUCCGGAUCUGUAUGCCCCGUUGUUCAAGAAUGUAUCAGUUUUCAAGAGGAGCUACGAACUGAUGGAAAGAAUGCUUAAGGUCUACAUCUAUCAGGAUGGGCCAACACCCAUUUUCCACACACCAGAACUCAGAGGCAUUUACGCUUCUGAAGGAUGGUUUAUGAAAUUGAUGGAGGAGAACAGGCAAUAUACCACCAGGGAUCCAAGUAAAGCUCAUCUGUUCUAUCUACCAUAUAGUGCACGCCAGCUAGAGCUUGCCCUCUAUGUGCCCAACUCACACAACUUGAGGCCCUUAUCACUCUUUUUAAGGGACUAUGUGAAUGGUAUAGCUGCAAUGUUUCCUUUCUGGAAUAAGACUAGAGGGGCAGAUCAUUUUCUAGUUGCCUGCCAUGACUGGGGGCCUUACACCACCACUCAACAUGAAGAACUGUGUAAAAACACAAUCAAAGCUCUGUGCAAUUCUGAUGCUUCAGAAGGUAUAUUUAUCCGUGGCAGGGAUGUUUCCCUUCCGGAAACAACCAUCAGAGAUCCGAAGAAGCCGCUUAGAUAUGUGGGUGGGAACCGUGUCUCCCAACGAUCUAUUCUAGCCUUUUUUGCUGGGAACAUGCAUGGGAGGGUCAGACCAAUCCUUCUGAAGUACUGGGGUGAUAAAGAUGAAGACAUGAGAAUCUAUGGACCCCUUCCAAACAGGGUUUCAAGGCAAAUGUCAUAUGUCCAGCAUAUGAAAGCAAGCAAGUUCUGUAUCUGUCCCAUGGGAUACGAAGUGAACAGCCCGAGGAUCGUUGAGUCUAUAUAUUAUGAAUGUGUUCCGGUGAUAAUAGCAGACAAUUUUGUGCUUCCUUUUGAGGAAUUGUUAGACUGGAGUGCGUUCUCUGUGGUUGUAGCUGAGAAGGACAUACCUAACUUAAAGAACAUACUACUAGGAAUUUCUCUCAGGCGAUACAUCAGGAUGCACACUUGUGUACAGAAGUUGCAGAAGCACUUUCUUUGGCAUGCAAAGCCACUCAAGCACGACAUUUUCCACAUGAUUCUGCAUUCCAUAUGGUUUAACAGGUUGAACCAGAUUCAGCUUCAGCAGGAAUAGCACCCUUGUUGCGGUGGAAAGUAUACUUGCACUUUACAGAUAUGAAACUCUGAUGGUUUAUGAGUAGCCUUCCAGUGUGAUAUACGAAUCAAGGUUGCUUGCCACUGCUUAGUUCAUCUAUGGUUGGGUUUCACUGUUCCAGAUCUAGAGUUUCUUGAAGCAAGAAUAUGUUUUCAGUGGGAAAAAUCAAUUGAAUUGAGGGAUAUUAACCACGGGAUUUUAGAGUUGCUGUGGUUAGAUGUCGACUGAGGCUCAUUAUAAUAUGCAAGGAUCAUUAGGAAUGAAGGUCAGCCGAGCAAAUACAGAUCCACGAGACUCCUGGUGAAUGCAAGGAUGAAAUCCACCAGAACAAUGGCACGACAAAGUUCAAGUAACCUCCAAUAAGAAACUAGAAGAAAGUGUUUUACUUUUUCUUUUUUAAUUUAUAAUUUUUUAGCUUUAUUUAUGCAAUUCUUUUAAAUGGUGGUCCUCACUCUUUACAGAAAAAAGAUGUUCAGUAAUUGCUUGUUUAU